AUGCGUUACACUCUGAUCAACGGCCUUCUUCUGUUGGCUGUCUCGCCAAUGACAUCUCUGGCCUUGCCAGUCGACCCCAAUGACCAGUCUGGUGUCUGGGACCCCAGUGGUCAGUACCGCAAGGGCCACUAUGAGAACGGCCAGUUUGUUCCCAACGCUGGCUCGGACUAUGACAAUGGUCAGUACAACAACGGCCAGUAUAACAAUGGUCAAUACAACAACGGCCAGUACAACAAUGGCCAAUACGAUAACGGUCAAUACAACAACGGCCAAUUCAACGACCAAGACCAGACUGGCGAAUAUAACAACGGAUACGAUAACGACGAGUACACCAAUGGUGAGAAUGGCCGUUACCAGCGCCGUGGUCGGGUCGGCCGCCCCUUCGGCAAUGAGCGCUACCGCGUCGGUGUUCCUGGAGUUGGUGUCCCUGGUGUCGGUCUCCCCGGUGUUAGCCUCAAGGCUCGCAAUUGGCCUUAUGAUAACAACAACAACCAAAAUGGCUGGACUGAUGCCAAUGGCCAGUGGCACUCCAACAACAACCAGAAUGGCUGGACUGACGCCAACGGUCAAUGGCACUCCAACAACAACCAGAAUGGCUGGACUGACGCCAACGGUCAAUGGCAUUCCAACAACAACCAGAAUGGCUGGACUGACGCUAACGGUCAAUGGCACUCCAACAACAACCAGAAUGGUUGGACUGAUGCAAAUGGCCAAUGGCACGCGACUGCCAAGCGUGGUCUCUCUAUGCCCGGUGCUGCCAACGUUCCCAACACUGGAGCUGCUAACCUUGGCGCUGGUGUCCCUGGUGUCCCUGGUGUUCCCGGUGUUCCCAGCGUGCCCGGCGUCCCUGCUGCCGGAGCUGGUGUGACAAACCUCGGCGCUAUGAACGGUGCUACCGGUGCCACCGGUGCCACCAACCUUGGUGCGAUGAACGAUGCUAAUGGCGCUACUGGUACCAACGGCGUCAACAACCCUGCUCAAUCUGGUGCUGCUUCCGGUCUUCACGUCCGUUGGUACCGCCCAGAGAACUAUGACAACUACAACGACGACAACUAUAACAACGAGAACGAUGGCUACUACCGAGACAACGACCGCGAUAGUGAAUAUGAGCGCGAGCGUGAGCAGGACCGUGAAGAAGAUCGCCAGGACGCCGCUGCCAUCACAAAUGGUGUUCUCUCCAACCUAAAGGCCCGCCACUACCCCAACGGCGACUACGACAACGACUACUACAACAACGGCGACCGUGAGAGUGAGCGCGAGCACGAGAGACACCGCGAGGAAGACCGCGAAGAUGCCGCCGAUGCCGCUGACGCCGCAACUUCCGUCCUGACCGGCCUGAAGGCUCGCCACUUCCCCGGCAACGAAUACCACGACAGCAACCGCCUGAGCCACGCCGCUGCUGAGGCUUUGACCCACACUCCCACCGUCACCAAGCGCUGGUGGCCCUUCGGUGGCUGGAACCGCAACAAGGACAACUACUAUGACAACGACAACUACGAUGACAACGACAACUACGGAUACAACGACAAGUGCAAGAACGGUGACUACAACGAUGAGUCUGGCUGGGACUGCCGCCACGACUGGGAUGCCAACCGCUACUCUACUCCCACUCCCCGUGUCUGGGCCCGCGGUCAGGAGACCAAGGCCAGCUCGCCUUACCCGCAGGCUACCGGCGCUGCUGGUAUGACGAACGGUGCCCAGAAGGGUGCUGAGGGCGAGUACCGUCACGACAACAACAACCAGGAGGACAAGGACCUCAAGGCUACUGGUACCAUGGCCCAGUAA